AUCUGGACCUCAGAGCACGUUUUGCCAGUCACCCCUGGGAAACAGUGACGACGGCUGCUAUGCAGAAAUACCCAAAUCCCAUGAACCCCAGUGUGGUUGGAGUCGAUGUCCUGGACAGACACGUGGACCCUAGCGGGAAGCUGCACAGCCACCGGCUCCUCAGUACGGAAUGGGGAAUACCCUCCAUUGUGAAAUCGCUCAUUGGCGCGUGCAGAACAAAGACAUAUGUUCAGGAGCACUCUGUUGUGGACCCAGUGAAAAAAACAAUGGAACUUAAAUCCAGUAAUAUUUCAUUUACAAACCUAGUGUCAGUAGAUGAGAGGCUUGUCUAUAAACCGCACCCUCACGAACCAGACAAAACCAUUUUGACACAAGAAGCAAUAAUAUCUGUAAAAGGUGUCAGUCUCAGCAGUUACCUUGAAGGGCUAAUGGCAAACACAAUUUCCUCCAAUGCUAAUAAAGGCCGUGAAGCAUUGGAAUGGGUAAUUAAUAGACUGAAUGCUGAAAUUGAAGAGUUUGCAGCUUCAGCAAGAGGAACCAUGAGGAAUUCAAUGGCAGCAGCAGCAUUUGUAGAGAAAUGAUAGUAAAUAUACCUGUAUUACUAACAACAUUUAACAGUCUGAAGCGUCUCUCCUAACCUAAAUACACGUAUCCUUUGUUAUUUAAAGGCAUACCUGUGUAUUAGGCACGUCUCAAAUUUCAUUUGGAGAAAAACUGAAUUCUUAACUCAUAAGGCUGAUGCGCAAAGCCUAGUUAAUAUAUUGAUUUAGCUGGACUGAAUUUUGGUUACAGAUGAAGAAAUAGUUUUCUAGUUCCUGUUAUUUACAUGAACACUAACUUAUAAUGUUUUCCGGAUAUGAAAUACCCUCAUUUAGUGAUGAGGCUGCGUAUGGUGGAAGAGACUGGCAUGUUACGUUAACUUCUGUGGAAUUUUUAUUUUUGUGUGACUUACGGACUACCUCUUUUGGGACCAAGCCCAAAAUGAAGCAGAAUGGUUUGUUCCAGCAUUGUUCUGUUAAUUUUUGUGUGAUACAACUUGAUUUAAUAGAAAGUUUAUUACUUGAUGCUUGAAAUACAAAAGAAUGUGCAAAAUAUUUUUUGAUAAGCUUUUUAACUUGUUUGACUGGUUGAGCUAACAUGGUACUCAAAUUGCUUUUCAGUCAAUAUAGGUAAAACAUAAAAGUGUCUCUUAUCUACCAAGACCUAAAUUCUAUUCCUAAAUGUGACAUCGAUGAGCUGGGCAUGCAGUAACUUAAAAUUUUAUAUUAAACUUCUGGAAUAAGUAUAAAGCACAUUUCUAAAAGCCCAUUCAAUAAAGGGGUACUAUAAGCAUAGAGCCUUAAAAUCUUGCAAGCUGCUAAGGCAUCUAAGAACGAUAGGUGUUCACUUCAAAAUUUCAAAGAACCACUUAAAGGACUAGGAACCCUUUGUGAAGUUGGCUAAAGAGAUACCUAAACAUAAGAGGAAGUGAUAUUAAAGAUCGUUAAUGAUACACUCAUUAACUUGAUCAUGAUCCAAAAAUAACCUGUUACAUCAGCUGAAUAUUGUGUUGUCCUUUCAUUUAAACACAGUGUUCUAAGUUCCAGAAGGUCCUUUACCUUUUGAACUGAUUCCCUCACAAUACAGGGCUCUUUAAAUGAAAAUCUUGAGAAUAAAAAGGUUUCUACAGUUUGUGUUUCUUUCGUGGUACUCGCUGUAGAUUCUUGGUACUGUCACCAGUCAUCAGCUGUGGGAACUUAACAGUCAGAUCUUGAUAUCCUUCCUUACAUAGUGCACUAGCCUGCUGGUAGUCCUGUUGGCUUCAGCAGGGGCUGUCUGACCCAGGGGGCUCCUUCAGUGUGGAGGAAAAAUGGACAGGGCCCUGAAUUAAUGAUGCUUGUAUUUUGGUGCCAGCGGCUUUUCCUGGAAUUUUGAUUCUAAGCUUACAAGUAACUUCAGGACUCUCUCUUAGCCUUUAAGAACGGUAAUGUCAUCUGUUCCAGCACAUCUCUGUUAUACCAGAAUUGCCUGUUGAGUAGCGUCUGCUCUCUAGAGAACCAGAGCUUAUUUUAAGUGGUAAAUACAUGGGAACACAAUCUUCUGUAAGAUUUGUGUAGGAGGGAAAAACAGGUGUAUAUAUAAAUAUAAGAAUUCUAAAAAUUUAACUAUUCUAAAUAUUUUUCUAACAAAAAUUAUUUGAGACUACCUUAAAAAAUUGAAAUCAUCAAGGCUUGCCAUGCUUUUACAGGACGUUAAUACAACUGAAAUAGCAUUUCCAUUCAAAAAGUGUACAUGAAACCUCUGCAAAACUGCACCAUAAUUUCUGAUACAAAUGCAAUGAUUGAAACUGAUUUUAAAUGUUUGCUUAGCCAUUAGCAUCACUUGGCAUUUUAAAGCAGAUUUUUUUCUUUUCCUAAUUUUUCUGCACUAAGGACUGCAUAGUAUGAACUCACAGUUUGCCCGUGCACUGAAAAAAAAAUUAAUUUUUGCAAGCAUUCAACAACUUCUUGAAACAUCAUUAUUUUUUGUUCUAUUUUAUUUAUAUGCCUGCUUUCUCAUUCUGGCUUUCUGUAUGUGGCACUUUUUAAAUAAAAUUUUAUCUGAGUUCCAGCUAUUUCCUGAAACUUUCUGAUCUAUUUGGGGUUUUUUUAAACUGUUAAGUGAGUAACCUAAAAUGAGGAGAGUGAAGAUGAAGAAAUACUGCGGAGUUAAUGGCUUCUUUUAUUGAAAUGGAUAUCCUCAAUGCACAUUUACAGCUGCUGUGGUCUUUUUUGCUUCUUAAUAACUGAUUUUCUGCAACUCUGACACAGUAACUAGGGACCAGAUUUCAGUUUGCUAGAUCCUGUGGAAAGAUUUUUCAGUCUACUUGGACUGAGAUUUGUUCACUACAAUUUACCUGUUGAGGGAUGUGUCUCUGCAUGGGGAGUUUAAUGCUCACUGUUGUUGAGAGCAGAAGAGAACAGAAUGUUUGGGUCCGUAUGUUGUGGCUGGCAAUGCUCCGAUGAAUGUAGGGUGCUAUGGAUGAAUGCACCAAUACAUGGUGAGUGUGACCUGAGGUACAGCAGAGCAGCUGUGCGUUCUGGUGGUGGGAAGGAACAGACGAGGUGGGCAAGAGAAAGGAU